AUGGAGUUUGAAAAGACGUGGGAGGACAAGAACCCGCAGAAAGCCUGUGCUUUACUAAAACAUUAUAGCGGCAAAAUGAGAAGAUGUUCUCCUGUCCUCAACGCUGCUAAUGGAGUAGCUAUUGGUGAAGCAACGCUUCCAAUUUGGAGGGAACACUUCAAAACCUUGCUGAGCCGGCAAGCACCGUCAGCUCCUGAACUCGAGUACGUUCAUAGGCCGAAAUAUGUCGUUAACGAGGAGCCACCGAUCGAGUCGAAGGUUCUAGUGUGA